GCAGUGAGUAAAUCAGUCUCUCCAGUGUCGUUCUACUUUACUACCAGUGCAUCUACUGUUCUUAACUACCAAGGAAGAACAGUUAUUUUAUAUAAAUUUUGCCAUACAUAACUUCUGAUUUCAAUAUAAAUUCGGUUUAAUUAAAAGAAACAGCCCAUACAAUAUAAUUUAUAUAUAUAUCAACCAUAAAUAUAAAUAUUAAGAAAGUGAUCGAUAUAAAGGAGUGCCUGCAUGUUUUUCUAGAAUAGAAACAGCAAAGGUGGGUCGAGUUGGGGGUUGGUAAAUUGUGACGAGACUUAUCAGCGAGAAAUAGAGGACAAGUGAAAAGGUGAAAAAAAAAGGGCAGAAGGCCAUAUAACCAGGAGAGGAAGUUAAAGUUAAGAUGGAGGUUCACGUUCCUAACUUAAGUCAAUACUAAUCACGGGUUUAAAAAUAUUUUUUUGAUCCAGAGAUUAUAGUGCAGAAAGUUUUUAGUAAGAUUUCUCUGGCACUUAUUUAUUUAUUUUGAGAACUCUCUUAAGAGCAAAUAUUUAAAUAACAGACAGAUAAAUUCAUCUGGUUUACUUAAAUCGUGUCCAACAGUGGUAAAUUUUAUGACUGUUGCUUUGUAAAAAUAAACACUGAACGACUGACAAUCUUUUCAGUCAGAAAUUCUCUUCAGUCUAUACUGCUUUGUUAAAAACAUAAUAUAAAUUUUAAUACUGUGUACAAAAGUGUCAGUGUAUGUACAGCUUGUAAACUAUAGUGACAGUACGUAAAAUGGGUUGCUUUGGAAGUAAAGAUAAACUCAGCAAAGAAGACAUGGAUUUUCUCAAGUCACAUACGCGUUAUGAUGAAGCGACUAUCAAGGAAUGGUAUAAAGGAUUCAAACAAGACUGUCCUAACGGUAGGCUGACGCCUGCCAAAUUUGUUGAUAUGUACAAAAUGUUUUUCCCUUCUGGUAACGCCGAAGAAUUUUGCGAUCAUGUUUUUCGAACUUUCGACAUGGAUAAAAAUGGUUACAUCGAUUUUAAGGAGUUUUUAUUGGCAAUUGAUGUAACAUCCAGUGGUACGCCUGAAGAAAAGUUAAAAUGGGCAUUUCGCAUGUAUGAUGUCGAUGGAAACGGCGUUAUCGAUAUUCAAGAAAUGACUAAAAUUGUUCAGGCAAUUUACGACAUGUUGGGUGCAUGCUCAAGUAAUCGGCCAGCAGAUAGUGCAGAAGAAAGAGCCAAGAACAUCUUCGCAAAAAUGGAUGAGAACAACGAUGGUCAAUUAACGCAGGAUGAGUUCCUCAAAGGAUGUCUCCAGGAUGAGGAACUUUCUAAGAUGUUGGCUCCAUAAUUUUAAUGCAUCUCAGUCAGCUAAUAUUUAAAAUUUCACAUCAGAAUUUCAUGAUCUAUUCAGUGAUAAUGCUAACCGCUCCAAAGAACAAGACAUAAUUAUCGAUGUUGCAUGCACGUUUCUUUAGCAUAUUGUUCUUGUGUAGUGGAGCUAUUCAAUUUCAUUGAUGCGUAAAAAUUCACGGACAUGUGUUGACCCGGAUAUUCGUAUUAACGAUAUGUGAUAAUACAUCAUUUAUAUAUGAUGUAUUGGAUUAGAGAUAAUAAGCUCUAAACCAUUGAAAAUUGUAUCAAUUUUUAUUUCAAACGACACUUAACUCAUUCGAUACUUAAUUUAACUUGAUUAAACUUUUGAAACUUCUAUUGCACUGACAGUAUUACUAUCAACUUACUACUUUUUCUAAUACAUAUGAA